AUGCCGGAUGGCAAGGAUCCCAACUAUGAGGUGGGCGAUCCGUACAGCAAGCAGGAGGCGAUCCGGCCACUGGUGGUCACCAACUGCUCCGAAUAUGUGGUGGCCCAUUCCACUUACUCACUGCGGCCAGCUCGUUUCUUCUCGGAGGUGCUGAUGCUGCCUCAUAUCCUGGAGACGAUGAGGAAACUAGGACUCAACCGCUUGCUGCGCCUGCAGGCGUACUCGUGGCCACAUCUGGGCGCAGGACUGGGGCACGGAGCGUUGAUAGUGGGUGCCCCGCGCAGUGGACGCACCUUCGCCUACGUUCCCCCGGUUUGCCAGGCGGUUUGCAAAGUCUUGGCGGAGAGCCGGCGUCAAAGGAUGCUCCAUCCCGGCAAAUGGCCAGAGAAUGAGCUGGGAGCGGUGGCCCUGAUCCUGGUGCCCGACUUGGCGCGCGUCCGCCAGGUGAGUGCCAUGUGCCAAGCCCUGCUGCGGAAGGCGCGCAGCGAGGAUGGCGUCACUUUGACUUUAAGCGUUCCCACAGCGGUUUCCUCAGAGUUCUUACUCCGGCUUUUGAACGGCGUGGGAUGUCUGGUGGCCACUCCCGCCCAGCUCGCAUGCUUUUGGCGUGAGGCGCCGGGACUUCUGCGGUUUCCGCGCCUCCAGUUUCUGGUGUACGAUGAUGUAGACUUGAUGUCUGCUGAGCAGCUGCGAAAUGCGAAGCUGGUGGUGCAGGAGAUCUUGCCCACCAGCCACUACCCACAGGUGGUGAUGGAGGCGCGCUCCUAUAGCGAAGCUCUAAUGACCAAGAUGAGAAUGGCCAGCAACCACCCGGCAGUUAUAUUUGGGGACGUCCUGGAGGCAGCCCUCUACGGUGGCACGCGCAUACGGAUUUUCCUGGCUCGUUUGCAGGCGAAGAGCGACAAGGUGGUCCAGGUGCUGAAACAACGAUCUCCGCAGGCUUACCGCACCGUGGUCUACUGCAUGGAUGAUGCGGAGAUGCAGGAACUGGUGCAGGCUCUGGAGGAUCGUGGCUUCGGUUGCCUGCCCUACUUUCAGACUUCGGACUUGGAGGUUCUCGAACAGUUUCACCACUGGCUAGCAAACACUCGCGGGGUGAUCCUCCUCUGCACGGACAACUGCCCGGAGCUGAUCAUCCGGAAUGCACAUACACUUAUCCAUUACGGGAUGGGCAACUCGUUUAGCAAGUUCAAGAUGAGGCAUCUUACGCUCUCCGGCAACUUAACCAACAGUCUGGCUCCCACAGUCAGUCAGGUCUCCCUGCUUUCUCUGGUGCUCCUGGACAAUAGCAACCAACGGCAGCUGCCUCGGCUUGUGGACUUCUUGCGGUCGCACCAGCAGCUGGAUCCCGCCGUGGUGGCAGUGGCUCAGAGGAUUCGAAGGGAUAUAGAGAGUAAGAAGAGCAACGAGCAAGCGCUCUGCGGCCAGAUCUUUGUGUUCGGCGAGUGCCGUGAUCCUGUUUGCGAAGAUCGACAUCAUGUGGCCGACUUGGACAGGCGUCCUAGUUAUGUUCCCGCCUCCGGAGACGUGAAGGUUCAGCUGGUUCGGGUCUACUCUCCCACUCACUUUUGCGUCCGCCUGCUAGAGCACUUGCCGCCCAAGGGCAAUUCGAAGGCAAUGCCCUUCUUGGCGAUUCAGGAGAUACGCCUAAAGCUCCUGCAGGAUAAGCAGCCCCAUCGCUACUGGCCUCCAGUGGCAGGAGCGAUCUGCAUGCUCCACACCGCCCACAUCAAGGAGCGUGUUCGGGUGCUCAAGGUAGCUCCCAUUCAGGACGUGAAUCUGUUAAGCUCCGACAUAGCGGUGAAAGUGCAGGCUCUUGAUGUUGACACUCGAGUCGUGGAAGCGCAAUCCGGUCGACUCUUCGAGUGUUCGAAGGCACUGCUGCAGGAGCCCCCCAUGUCCUGCGAUCUGCGAUUGCUUGGAGUGGUGCCGCAGUCCGGCGAAAGCAGCUGGGCCGAGGAGGAGCGCACCACUGUCGAGUGCUGGCUAAAGAAUCUGCCCAAGGGUCAUUUUCUCCAGGCCAAAAUUCAGUUCGCAGCGGCAAACACCCUCUUUGUACAGGAUCUGGUGGCCAUGGUUUAUGCAGACAACUCAUCAAGAAUAAUUUGGGAAGCAGAUGAAAGCACACUUAAGAAGAUGGAAAAGGAGAUUGAAGAGCCGGAAUCUCCGCAAGUUCUUCACGCCAGAUGCCCGCGCCUUAUACAGAAAGCACGCGAGGUGACUCAGAAGAACCAGCUGAUGCAGAAGGAUCAGGAGUUCAAGUCGAAAGCAACUCCUAAAUCGAAUAGUAAUAUUCAAAGCUCUUCACAAUCCAAUGAAGACAGCAUGUCUCAGCUUUAUAAGUGUAUCAGGAACUGCGCUAUGUUCCAACUGGAGGACGCCAAACAAGUCAAAAAUGAUCCUAACCAGGUCACUAUUGAUCCCGUCGAAUUUCUCAACCAAGUGAUGGGCGGAGGGAGCAAUCAGUGUGAUCCUCCUCAAGUUAACCCAAAACCAAAGAAGAAAACGAACAAGGCUAGGACUGCCUUACCACCAGUACCAGCUAAAACCUUCAAGGAAGAGAUACCAUUGCAAACACAUCCCAAUGUGUCGCGACCGUAUGUGACCUACUAUCAGAACACGGCUACCUUGGAGCUGCAGGUGUGCCUGCCAGAAGACGAUCAACAGUACGGGGCUUUGUUUCUGGGAUCGCAGAUCUUCUUUACGGCAACCUCGAAGCUCUCGGACCUGGUUCAUCAGUUCUUCUUGAACCUGAAAUUUCCAUAUAGCUCCGUGUGCCACCACAUGGUGGGUCGCACCGCGUACAUCAGUGUUGUGAAGUCGUUGGCCUUCGUCGAUCCUCUGGACUUUGCCGAGUAUCGAUUCAUGAAGCCCAACCUCGAAAUGUUUUAUAAAAUCGAGGACUCCAAAAGUAAUAGCUUUAAACGACUCUUGGCCUAUCGUGGAUAUGUGCAGGAAAAAGUCCAUGAUGAGCACAGCAGCGAAGACAGCGAUGAAGAGGAGCGGGAUCUGGACGGGACCGAACGUGUGGAUCAUGGCAAGCUAUUUGACUUGUUCUAA